UGCACGUGCCGCCCUCUGGGAGAUGUAGUUCGGCGCCCGCCCACCCAGGCGCAGUAGCGGCCCGUGGCGGUCUUGCGCAGGCGCAGGUUGGUUGGUGGCUGCCGUGGCCUUUGUCCUACAGUCCGGUGGAACUGCCUGCCGAGGAGCUGGCAGUUCCUGCAAGAGGCCCAAGGAGGAGGGAAUGACCGCUGGGCUCCUCACUGCCAGGGACCCGGAGCAAGUGACUUUUGAGGACGUGGUCGUGGAGUUCACCUGGGAGGAGUGGGGACAGCUGGAGCCAGCCCAGAGGACCCUGUACCGAGAUGUGAUGCUGGAGACCUUUGGGCUCCUUGCCUCUGUGGGACACUGGCUCCCAAAGCCGGACGUCAUCUCCCUGUUGGAGCACGAGGCGGAGCUGUGGGUGGUGGACAAGGGAGCCCCCCGAGGUGUGUGCACAGACUUUGAAACUAGACAAACCAAACUAUCAACUGUGAAGCAAGACAUAACUGAAGAAAUACCCAAUAAUGCUUUGGUAGAAAGGUUCCUGUGGGAAAGUCUGUGGAACUCCAAGGGUGAAAAUGCUGAGGGCCACUGGGAACAGGGUCGCAAGAGGCCAGAUAGCCAUGUGGUGCAGUCUGCCUUCAUGCCUGUGAAGACACCCACUCAGGAGAAGCAGCAGGGGAAUGGGUUUGGGGAAAACUUGAGUCUGAGGCCUGAUCUCUCAACUCGACCAAUGACUCCUAAAAGGCAAGGCCCCCCCGUGUGGGGAACACAUGGAAAGAGGGAGGAUCCGGACUCAGAUACUCAACAGAAAACCUGUGCAAAAGAGAAGCCCUACAGAUGUCAGGAAUGUGGAAAGGCCUUUAGUCACAGCUCAGCACUCAUCGAACACCACCGAACACACACGGGAGAGAGACCUUAUGAAUGUCACGAAUGUGGAAAAGGCUUCCGAAACAGCUCAGCGCUUACCAAACACCAGAGAAUCCACACUGGUGAGAAGCCUUAUAAGUGCACUCAGUGCGGGAGGACCUUCAACCAAAUUGCCCCACUGAUCCAGCACCAGAGAACUCAUACAGGUGAGAAGCCCUACGAGUGCAGUGAAUGUGGGAAAUCCUUUAGUUUUAGGUCCUCCUUCAGCCAACAUGAGCGGACGCACACAGGUGAGAAGCCCUACACGUGCAGUCAGUGCGGGAAGGCCUUCCGGCAGAGCAUCCACCUCACCCAGCACCUGCGAAUCCACACCGGGGAGAAGCCCUACCAGUGUGGAGAAUGCGGCAAGGCCUUCAGCCACAGCUCGUCCCUGACCAAACACCAGCGGAUCCACACGGGGGAGAAGCCCUACGAGUGCCAGGCAUGUGGAAAAGCCUUCACCCAGAUCACACCACUGAUUCAGCAUCAGAGGACACACACAGGCGAGCGGCCCUACGAGUGCAGCGAGUGCGGGAAGGCCUUCAGCCAGAGCACGCUCCUGACCGAGCAUCGGAGGAUCCACACAGGAGAGAAGCCCUACGGGUGCAACGAGUGUGGGAAAACCUUCAGUCACAGCUCAUCGCUUAGCCAGCAUGAGCGGACACACACGGGUGAGAAGCCCUACUCGUGCAGUCAGUGCGGGAAGGCCUUCCGGCAGAGCACACACCUCACUCAGCACCAGAGAAUCCACACCGGGGAGAAGCCCUAUGAGUGUAGCGAGUGCGGGAAGGCCUUCAGCCACAGCUCGUCCCUGACCAAACACCAGCGGAUCCACACCGGGGAGAAGCCCUAUGAGUGUAACGAGUGUGGCAGAGCCUUCAGCCAGCUUGCGCCACUCAUUCAACACCAGAGGAUCCACACGGGAGAGAAGCCCUAUGAGUGUAAUGAGUGUGGCAGGGCCUUCAGCCAAAGCUCCCUCCUCAUAGAACACCAGAGGAUUCACACCAAGGAGAAACCCUAUGGGUGCAACGAAUGUGGAAAAUCCUUCAGCCACAGCUCAUCGCUCAGCCAGCACGAGAGGACACACACUGGGGAAAAGCCCUACGAGUGCCAGGAUUGUGGAAAAUCUUUCAGGCAGAGCACCCACCUCACUCAGCACCGGAGGAUCCACACAGGAGAGAAGCCAUAUGAGUGCAGGGACUGCGGGAAAGCCUUCACACACAGCUCCUCCCUUACCAAGCACCAGAGAACUCAUGCUGGGUAGACCCACUCCACAUGUUCUGGGACCCAGCAAAGCCUUAAGCUAUAGCGCAUUGCUUACUAGAUUUGACCCAGUCAUACUCCUGAGAAACAACACAAACGUUAUACACAAGGCUUCAUGCUCAGCAAACUCCUUACACCCCCACAGAGAGUUCAUAUUUAUGGAAAUGAUUGUGGGAAUACCUAGCUCUGGGUCAUCCAUCCCGGGAUAUCAGAUCAUCCAGACAGUAGGGAAGUGUGGAGUUAAUCACUGUUGAGGACUUUCAGCCAUGAGUGGCCACUAAUGCUUCAUUAUAGAACCUACAAAAGAGAAAUGGAAAAAAAUGUGGAUCUGGGGUGGCUUCUAAGGAUUCACCAUAUUCCAAACCAGAGAUUUUCAAAGUGGUGACAAACUCAGCGAAUGCCUUUCAUAUAAAAGAACCAAACGCAGUCAGAAUUUAUCAUUAUUGUACAUUACAUUUUUGGCAGGGGUUGCUUAUGAAUGGUGCAACUUGACUCUGAUAUUCCCUAAAAACAAUAUGGCAGAGUGUUCCAGACAUGAGAGUGGCACUUUAUGGAAUCACCAUGAAUAUUCAGCUGUCUCAGUACAAAAUUUUCUGAUUUGUGUAAAUUCUUUGGUCAAGGUACAUGGCCACCAGCCUCACAGAUGUGAAUGCCAUAUGACAAAGUAUCCAUGUACUAUAAACAGAUUUUAAAGUAGUUAUAUGCAUUAUAUUGCAAUAAGUUAAUCUUUAUAUGCAAUGGAAUUGAAAAGAUUUGUAUAGGAAGACUUGAAAGGUAAA